CCAAACCGUUAACAAAUCUAUUAAAAAAGGAUAUCGAUUUUAAUUGGGGAAAUAAAGAACAAGAAAGUUUUGAUACACUGAGAAACGCGCUUUGUCAAGAACCGAUACUACAAUAUCCCGAUUUCACUAAACCUUUUCUCUUAACAACUGAUGCAUCCGGAACGGCGAUUGGCGCAAUUUUAAGUCAAGGAAAAAUAGGAAAGGACCAACCGAUUAGUUACGCUUCACGGGUGCUAAACGAUGCCGAAAGGAAUUAUUCUACGAUAGAAAAGGAGCUGUUAGCUAUAGUAUAUGCCGUGCAACACUUUAGACCGUAUCUCUAUGGAAAGAAAUUUACAUUAGUAACCGAUCAUAAGCCUUUAACAUGGCUCCAUAAAUUAAAAGAUCCUACUUCCCGUUUAGCGAGAUGGCGAAUAAAAUUGGCAGAAUACGACUACGAAAUAAUUUACAAACCAGGGAAAAUUAACGCAAAUGCUGAUGCCUUGUCGAGAAACCCGACGACAGGUAUAUACCCGAUAAAUAUAGAUUACGACGAAAUCGAAGAAUGUUCAGAAGACGAUGAGGCAAGGGAAAGGAACGCUCAUCCUAGACCUUUGCCAAAAUCACCCAGAAGUGGAAUAAUGAAAGAAGAAGAAGAACCAAUUUUAACUAGUGGACCGCGAACGCGCGGGAUGGAAAAAACAGAGGGAGAAAGCAUCCCAUUCACAAAAAAGGAAUUAGAAGAACCACCAUUUAUUAAGCAUACUAUUCAAGCCGAAAUUCAUCAAGAACCAAAAAUUUUACCCUUAGAAUUAGAGGAAACAUUAAAUUCUGCAAACAAUGCAUCUGAAGGAGAAUUUGAAAAUUUAAGUGACAACAUAAAUCUUCCAGCUCCGCACGUAACCAUACCACCUCACCUUUUACAAAUAAUAAAUACCUUAGCACAGAAUCAUGAAGACGAUUUCGAUUACCGAAAUGAAAAGGAAGACGACGAAACCGAAGAGGACGAGGAGGAAAAAACCGAAGAAGAAGAAGAUAACGACAGUAUUGCAGACGUUGACGCUACUUACAAUGAAUUCGACGCAGAUAAAAGGGAGGACAGACCCGAAGACCACAUAGUGACACGGGGACAAAAACACAGCGUCAUAAACAGUCGCGACAAGAUUUUCAUGCGAAAGGAAAACUAUUUAUACUUCCUAACUGCAGACG